CAGAACAGCAUCUCUCUUGAAUUUGUCCUACAACCAGCAUGAGGACUCUUCAGGGAAAAAUCAUUGUGGUUUUGUUCUUCGUGUCUGUGAUCUGUGCCACUCAGGUCAAUUCAGUGCCUCUGGCUGAAAACUGGAAUGGUUUGAUCCAGCGGACCAAACGAUCACUGCUGUGGCGUUGGAACAGCAUGAAGCCGGUUGGUGCCAGCUGCAGAGAUCACAUGGAGUGUGGCACAAAAUACUGCAGGAAAAAUAUCUGUUCUUUCUGGCGCUCCACCUAAUGAAGAAAUACACAAACACAACUCCAUCAGGGUGACUGUCUACAAAACAAAUUUUCGGUCCAUAAGGCAAAUCUGCCUUAUGGACCGAAGCGAUCUGUCUCAGAAUUAAACCUGCACGAGAUCAUUGCUCUGAUAUUCUGGCUUGAAAUGAAGACGUGUUGGAUGUUUAUCAUUUUAAGUAAUUUGAUCUGGCACUGCACUGCAGCAAAACAGAGCUGGAAAAUCUGGAUUCACAGGAGCAGUAAAAUGGCACCACCUACAGUGAUAUCGACUUUUAGCAUUUAAUUUCUUUAAAAAUCUGGCAGAACAGGAAACGGGUUGUAUACAUCUGAACAUGCUUUUAAUAAGAAAAUACAAAUAUUCACUCAAAGUUUGUGAGGUGCUCUGAGUUUAUUGGUUCUUUUUUUUUAUUAUAUAUUUAUUUGUACAUAUUGUAAGCAAUGUCAAUUUUCAAAUAUACUUUAUAUUUUUUAAGACAUUUUAUUGCCCACAUUUUGUUUGUCAGUCAAAACAAAUUGAAAUAUUCCUCACAUUUCCUUCUUCUCUUUUAUGCAGUGGAAUAACUUGAAAAAACUUUGCUGAAAAAAAAAACCCCCACUGUAUCUAAGGUCAUGCUAGUGCUGGUGCUCAUGCUGGUGUUCAUAUUUGAGUCCUCAGUAACAAAGGGACAAGCUUUGUCUCUGAGUUUUUACAUAUUUUGAAGAACUGUUAUUUUUGUAUUGUUGCUUUUCCAUCAAAAGCUCUUGUGAAAAAUAAUUAA